AUGCAGCCAGCGCCCUCUGACGUUUCCAAUCGCUCACGCACUGUAAACCGCUCCCCAGACAACUUUCACUCUACCCAGCAUGGACAUGAUCUUUAUUGCGACUCCCAAAUCUCUGGCCGUCUCCCCUGGGGCACCGGAGACAUUCCUAUGGGCUCUGACUCAUCGGCCGACGAGUUAUCGCUCCUAAACACCGAGUCCUCGUCAGCAAUCGAUCGAGUGAGUGAGUACGAGAUUAAAUCUCGGAGUCAGUCGGAUUUUGGAUUCAUCGUGAUACCGUCAACGAAGGAGUCGAGCUUGUCAAUUGAUGCAUUCCCGAAUGAGGUCUUAACCCAUAUUUUAUCCCACCUGCCUCCGCCGGCACUGUCAUCUAUCGCACUGGUGUCCCGUCGGUUCCACAGUCUUGUUACUACCCCUCAUGCGUGGAGGAUCGCCUUCUCGCGCUACUUCCCUGGCCCCUCGGCUUUGGAAGAUGCUCAUGACUCCGAUCGAUUGACGUCAGACAAACGAUACUUUUCAAGACUUACUGCAUUAGCCUCGUGGAGGAGCGAAUAUAUCCUAAGAACUCGCUUGCUGCGAUCACUUUCGAGAGGCAAACCAGCUCAAUUCGGAUUAGCUAAGAGGAGUCCUGCGGUCCGAACCGCAUCAGUCCGUAAUGGAAGCGCGAUCGCGACCUACACUUCGCAGCUCUUGUACCCUGUCAGCCAUCUGAAUGGAAAUUUUGGCAACGAAUCUUCAAGAAAGGAGCCUCUCUUUAUCCAUGGCGCCUCAGAGCAGUGUGCGGUGACCGCUAGCGACCCCUCAACUGUCAAGGUUGGCACCUGGGGUUUGGCCGAUCACAAUUUCUCUCGUCACUUCGCCGAUUCGUUUCCUGGGGAGACAGAAUAUGGACUUGGAUCUGGUAAUAUUGUUGGGGUGCCCAACUCGAUGGAGAUCAGCCAGCCUUAUGGCAUGAUUUACGGCGAAGGGUGCCCACAAGGACGUAUUUACUAUUUGUCCACGGCCGAGCAGAGGGGAAGGUUUUUAGGUCUUCCUAACGAUAGUGGAUCGCAACCUCAGUUCGGUAUUCCUGCCAUUAACCACAUCACAACUGCGAUCACUGCCGUAUGGAUCGCGAAAUCGGCCGACAUACUCAAAAUGACCGGCGGGUUGGUUGGAAUGUUGUCUGGGUCGUCCUCGGGGAUUCUAAGCGCUUAUGCCUUGGGCCCUCAUCCAACCUACGAGAAGCGAUUCGAAAGAGGUCAGGUUACAGCUCGAUGGGUUCUUAGCCCUGGUGUCCCUAUCGUCUCAAUUGCGGUUGAUGAGAACUAUUCCGUGAAGCGCCAUCAGCGUGGUCGCGUGUGGGCGGCUGUCCUCAAUGCAUUGGGAGAGGUGUUCUAUCUCUCCGAUCUGCCCCAGCAAACCGAUCCUAUGCCGACCAAUAUAACGCCCGAGAUUACCGAUCAACAAGCUUGGAAAACCGGGCGCAGUGUCCGAUGGGAGCUAGUGGAGGUCAGCAGGCGGACCGCUCGACCCGAUCCGUUUAAUCGCGAGCUUGUCGACGGCAGUUAUAGCCCACGAUCGUCUUCUGACUCAAUGAAACUUAGCGACGAGCAGGUAACAGCAGAGACAAAAGAAAUUGAGCAAUUCUUAUCUUUCAAACCGAAGCAUUUCCGCAAGGUGUGCGAAGGUUGGGAUAUGAGGCGCGACCUGAGAGUGGAUUUCCCUGGAGGCGAUGGCCAUGGUGCUGGUGAGGUAUUCGUCGUGAUUCAACGUGGUGACGGAGAAGACCAAAAAGCCGCUAUUCGCAGAUACGCCCGUAAAAUUAUACCGUCUCAUUUGCCAAUACCCGUUUCCAAGCCAGAUACGCCUUCUCCAGCCGUCGUUACCUCUUCGAUUUUCGGUGGACCUGCCAGUUCCCCAGCAGUUUCGUCCGCCACAAACAGUUUCCCACCCUCUCGAGCCUCAAGUCAACUCACAGAAACCGUUUUCUCUGCGGCAAACACCGAAUGGUACAUUACCGAAUUUCACUUCGAUGGUCGAAAGUCUUUGCAAAUCACAACAAGUGCUUUAGACAAUUCGACCUAUUCCGUCUUGGCUCCUGAUGAGGAUCUUCUUAUGUCGGGCAACCCCGAGUCAUCCUCUGCUGUAUCGUCACCCUUGCCGCACAUGCAACGGCCUUCCGGCGCUGAAAUACCAGGGCAACGUGGGCGAUAUAUGGCGGUUGGUACUGCCACUGGUUCGGUUUUCGUUUGGGACAUUCGCUCCCCCACCGCAAAGAAUUCCGAGAUUGUCAACUCUGUUGCGCCGAUUCGAUGCAUAUUCACUGAAUCCCCAAGUGUGUCUUGUGUCGCUCUGACGUCUUUGUAUCUGGUGCAUGGUGGAAAUGAUGGACUAGUGCAAGCUUGGGAUCCCCUCGCUUCCACAAGCCGUCCAAUUCGAACCAUCAAUUCCCGUUUCUCGACGCGUGCGCGCCGACGGUUGGUCCAGGCCGAAGCUUCCAUGAAUGGCGUUGGAAAUAAUUUCUACGCAACGGGUGCGAUAAGUCUCGAUCCCGAUCCCACUCGUCUAAGAGGUAUGGUGGCCUUGGGCACCCAUCUUCGCUACUGGUCGUAUAGCUCCUCUGCUGCAGACCAGUAUAAGAGUAACAAGCGGCGGCUUCGUUAUGGCCAACGAGGUAACAACCUAGGCGCCGGCGGUCAGCGAUUCAACAACAGUGGACGCGGGGCCAUCAAUGAUUACAUCGAGGAUGAGAAACGGGAAAUGGAGCUACAAGCGAAAGCCGACCAGAAAGAGAGAGCCCACCUAAGUAACCGGUUUGGGGUCGACCUCUUGGGUCCGGAUGUUAGCGAAGAGGAGCUGCUCGCCUAUGCACAGCUGUUGAGCCAGGAGGCAUACAGCAGCGAAGCUACGAAGCGGGGCGAUACUGUGGAGGAUUCUGUUAUCAGUACUUCGCCCAGCGACACUAUCGGACCGAAUGAUAGUUCUUUUGCACCCGAUGAGCUUUCGUCGGCCUCUUCUCCGUGCAACGACCCUGUCGAAGAUGACCUAGACCCAGAAAUUGCGGAAGCAAUUCGAUUGAGUCUUCUUGAAGAAUCCGCAAACCAAGGCUCAUUUGAGCCACCUUCACCCUUUGCUGUCAAACACUCGAAUGGCAUGUCGUCGGUUAAGAGUGCAUCGUCUUCUCCUAAAGCAGAAGCUGCAGAGAGCAGCCGGCAGCAGGAGAUAGACGAUCUAGAUUUGGCCAUCCAGCUGAGUCUUGUGGAGACUAAUGGCUAUGAGCAUGAACAACUUGGUGAUCCUUCUGACCAUCAAGACGACGAGUUCCCCUCUCUUCCAGCGUCACAGUCUCCAGCAUCCGCAAAGAACAAGGGCAAGGCUCGGGUGGUCUGGUAG